UGUUGGAAAUGGAAUACAAGAAAAUUGCUAUUAUAUUAAAAGGGAUUCGAUCAGAUAAAGAAAGGCAUAUUGCCAUUGCUGCUAUAAUUUUCCUAACAAGGGUAAACGGUCAUGGCUGAAAACUCUGAAAGUGAAAAAUACCCUUUACAUAGAUGCAUAUUUCAAGGGGACGUUAAAACUUUAAGUUCUAUAAUCAGGACUUAUAACAUUGCUGAAAAAGACAAACAAGGUCAGUAAUAAUUUAAUAUAUAUUAAAUUUUAAAUAAACUUUUAGAAUCAGUUCAGUUGUUGCUUGCACAUGGUGCACCAGUGAGUGUAAAAAAUUUGGCUGGAUGGAGUCCACUUGCAGAAGCAGUCAGUUACGGAGAUAGGCAAACCAUAUCAUUACUGCUGCAAAAAUUAAAGCAACAAGCUAGGGAGCAAAUGGAAGAAAGAAAACCAAUUUUAGUUGCAACUUUACGUCAAAUGGGAGAUUUCUAUAUGGAAUUAAAAUGGGAUUUUCAAAGUUGGGUACCACUUGUUUCUCGUGUUCUUCCUUCUGAUGUUUGUAAGAUACACAAAAGUGGAGCAUCCAUCAGAAUGGAUACUACUUUAGUAGAUUUCAAUGAUAUGAGAUGGGAAAGAGGUGACAUAUCGUUUAUUUUUCAUGUUGACCAAAAACCAAGCAAAUCAUUGGCAGUACUUGAUAAUAAAGUGAAACGUUAUCAAAGAGUGGUAUAUGAGCGAAAGAAAUUGGAAAUACAAGAUGAAGUUGAUAUUCUUAUGUCAAGUGAUAUCAUAACAGCACAAAUGUCAACAAAAGGUAUUACACUUUCAAAAGCUCAGACAGGCUGGAUAUUUCGCGAAGACAAAAGGGAGAUGGUAGGGCCUUUCCGCGCGGACUUUUACCAAAUCAAUGGAAUGGUUUUGGAAAGUAGAAAACGGCGAGAACAUUUAAGCGAAGAAGAUCUACAGAAGAAUAAGGCUAUUAUGGAAUCGUUAAUAAAAGGAAAUUCACAGGGAUUUGCAAAUGGAAAGCCUCAUGCUAGAAGAGCUUCUUUAAAUCCACCACCAGAGUCAAGUAUUACUUGGGAAGAAUACAUUCUGGCUCCACCUGGUCAAUGUCCACUUCUUGGAAGAAAUCUUGUUUGCAAGGAAAGCAGUAAAUCAUUUAAAGCAACAGUUGCCAUGUGUCCGGAUUUUCCAUUCACUGUUGAUAUGUUACUCAAUGUUUUGGAAGUAAUAGCACCAUUCAAGCAUUUUAGUAAAUUGCGAGAAUUUGUCCUGAUGAAAUUGCCACCAGGAUUUCCCGUAAAAAUUGAUAUACCAAUUUUACCGACGGUGACAGCAAAAAUCACUUUUCAGGAAUUUGCCUUUCGUAACGAUAUAGAUCCCCACUUAUUUCAAAUACCACCAGAUUACCUUGAAGAUCCUAUGAGAUUUCCAGAUUUAUGACAGCUUCAAGUGCUAAAAAUAAUUCAAGUCAAUUAUCAUGUUAAAAUGAAAGCUGUAUUUUCUCCAAAAAGCUAUUUGAAGAAAACUAUCUGGCUUUUCAAUUUUCUCAGACAUACUGCUGCCAGGAUGGCCUCCCAAAACGUUACGAAGUACUCUUUAAAGAAAGAUUUUGUAUACAAAAUGUAGCGAGUAUUCUUGUUGAAGAAAGUACACAAGAAAGUCUUUGUCUCUUUCAAAGAGAAUAUCUCUAAUUAAUAAAAAAUAUGGGAGGCGAUUAUUACAAAUAAAUUCUUUUGCAACAUAACGGCCAAAUGGUGCC